AUGUCUUCAAACGAAGCCGUUCCAAAGCUCAGCCUCACACAGGGAAAGAAAAACAAACGCGAUUAUGGUGCUCACCAGUCCAACAUAUAUCGAGGUAUGUCACGCCCCUGCAGCUGUUCAAUGAGACCAUACAGACAAUUAAGAAGACCAACAGAUGGAACAUUCCUCAACAAGUUCCCUCUCGUGACCACCGACCCCAAUAAAUUAGCAGCACAAGCCAAAGAAAAACUUCCAGAGACAUCAUACAACUACAUUGCCGGCGGAGCCGGGGAGAAAGCCACAAUGGACGCGAAUCGACUCGCUUUUCGACAGUGGAAACUGGUCCCUCGGAUGCUGAGAGAGACCAGUAUCCGUGAUCUCACCAUCGAGUUGUUUGGUGAAAAAUAUGGUAGUCCAACCUUUCAAACCGGAUUGACAAGAAAGUGAGCGAGUUGAACAGAUGCUGAUGUUGAUAGAAACCCCGAUCUUGAUGGCUCCAAUUGGCGUCCAAUCCAUCUUCCAUGAAGACAAGGAAACGGGACUGGCGGAAGUCUGCGCAGAGCUCGAUGUCCCAUUCAUCAUGAGUACCGCAGCUUCCUCGACCAUAGAAGAGGUCGCGGAGGCGAGCGGAAAUGGUCCGCGUUGGUAUCAACUGUACUGGCCCCAAGAUGACGAAGUCACGCUCUCGCUUCUGGACCGCGCCAAGAAGAAUGGAUUCAAAGUCCUCGUUGUGACGCUUGAUACUUGGGCGCUGGCUUGGAGACCGGCGGAUUUGGAUAAUGGUUAUGUACCGUUUAUCAAAGGGACUGGGGUUCAAGUUGGGCUCUCGGAUCCGGUCUUUCGUCGAAAGUGCCGGGCGAAAUUUGGCCAUGAGCCGGAGGAGAAUAUUGUAGAAGUGUGUUUCUUGUGAAGAGGCAAGAAGACAGUUGCUAAAGUGUACAGGCCUCCGUAGCUUGGCUCGGCGACGUCGUUUCUGGCAAGUCGCAUACUUGGGACCGACUGAAAUUACUGAGGGACAACUGGGAGGGACCGCUUGUGCUGAAGGGAAUUCAGGUAUAUUUCCACCAGCUGGGAAGUCGGACAUGGGCUGAUUCCACAGAAGCAUCCGGAAGAUGCCAAACUCGCAAUUGAGCACGGAUGCGAUGGGAUUAUCGUAUCAAAUCACGGAGGUUAGUUCCCUCUCCUCCAAACCAUACUGUAACUGAACCUCUCUAGGACGACAACUCGACGGCGCCGUCGCAUCUCUAGAAAUGCUUCCCGAGAUCGUGGAUGCGGUAGGCGACAAAGCGACCGUUCUCUUCGACAGCGGGAUCCGAACAGCAGCCGAUAUCAUUAAAGCACUCUCGCUCGGUGCGAAAGCGGUGCUGGUGGGCAGACCGGUAAUUUACGGACUGGGAAUUGCGGGAAAGGUAUGAGGAGCAUCUAGAAGAACGAUUGUCUUUGACUGACUGUUUGGUGUAGGCCGGAGCCAAAGAGGUUCUUCAGGGCAUUCUGGCGGAUCUGGACCAAUCUAUGGGUCUUGCUGGGAUUCAGAGGGUUGGUGAUUGUAAGAGGGAGAUGCUUAGGAAGGUGGUGUAUGGGGGGGAUGUUAAGUCUUCGUAUUGAGGAUGGAGGGUGGGAUUGCCUCGUUGGGCUCGCUAAGUAUACAGUGGAAUGGACUGGCGAUGGAGUACCAUCUAAAAAACUCCCCCCAAAAAAAGACGCCAAAGAUCAAACUGGCAAAACCUUAUGCAGAACUUUCGGUCUGUCAGGAGAAAGACCCACACCCACUGCCUGCGCUUUUAGGUAGCUAGAUUUUUUUAACGGAACAAGAGGUGUUACA